AUGACUAUAGAAAGAGCACUCUGUGAUUUAGGUGCCAGCAUCAAAUUGAUACCUCUUUCUAUGAUGAAAAAGAUGCUUAUCGAAGAUGUUAAACCAACAAGAAUAUUUUUGCAACUGGCUAACAGAUCCUUCAAGAUCCCUAAUGGGGUGGUAGAAAACUUUCUAGUAAAGGUUGGGGAGUUCAUAUUUUCAGCUAAUUUUGUGAUACUUGAUGUGGAAGAUGAGGGAAGCAACUCAAUCAUUCUAGGAAGGCCCUUUUUUACUACUGCUAGAGCCUUGAUUGAUGUUGAGAAGGGUGAGCUAAUAUUAAGGGUACACAAUGAUCAAAUGGUACUUAAUGUCUUCAAAGCCAUUCAGUAUCCGGAUGAGUUGGAAAAUUGUAUGAGAAUUGAUGUGAUGGACACCUUGGUUGAACAAGCUCUUGAAGCUAGAAAUUAUGAAGAUUAUAUGGAGGAAGUCCAGAGCACCCAAGUAGAAGAGGAAGAAGAGACUUGA